AUGAAUCCUAGUGGACAUAUAGUUGUCAUCCGUAGGGAUGGUACUGAUGGUUUAACUUGCGAUUGGUGUUCGCCCUUGUGUGAUAUUGGGAGUAACCAGUCUUGUGACAUUCGUGUGCAACACUCAACAGUCGCUCCAUUUCAUUGUACCCUGCAACUACUGAAAGAUGGGUUAGUUCAAGCCGUCAGCAGAGUAGAUGGACGAUACAAAAUGUUAGUUAAUAAUUUCCCGUUGAACGAUGCUUGCGUUUUGACUGAUAAUUGCAUACUAACUGUUGGGGAUCGUCAGUUUCGCUUUUUCUAUCCAUCAAGUCGAAAGACAACAACAGAUAAUUAUUUAUACGAAACGUCCAGUAAAACACCAAAACACUAUAACAAAGAAGAGGUUAUAACUCCAACUUCUCUACCUGUUGUUCAUCCAUCCAAACGUACCACUCCUAGAAAGAUAUUAGUUAAUCCUAAAACUCGCUCCCCUCGACAGAGGUCUGUGACUCCGAAAAGAACCCUAGGGACCAACGAACGUUAUGGUCCAGUUCCUCCUCGUCAACCAGCUACCCCACCAAUAAUCCAAGUACUCCGACACGAACCGAAUUCAUCACAGUCAAAGCAGCUACCUGUAUUGCAAGCAGAGAAUGUCGAGUUUAAUAAAAAAAGUGUAGGUGAUGGUAAGGGUUAUAGCUGUACAGAUGUGAGUGUUUCUAAAUCAAAUCAAACAAAGUCGUCUGUCGUUCCUGACUUGCCAGAUCCAACAUUCCAUCCCUCGAGCAGUGUUUUGUCAUCUAUCAAAGUGAGGUCACAAAACCGUAUUCACACUCCGAUUAUUACAUCUAGUUUAUCUAAUGAUCACUUCAACUUCACACCAAACGAAAAUAAACGUUCACCCGGUUUUAGAAAGAGUUUCCAUAAGCUUCUCAUCUUAAAUGAAUCAUCUAACCAAUCCAACCUUUGCAAAAUUAAUCAGUUUUAUGAUGAAUUAAGUUAUGUAAAGCAGCAGGUGAUUGAAAGCAAGAGAUCACCAUCUGAUGAACAAGAAAACCAAUCUUGUUACGAUAAAUGCCUUGAUCAUCCCACAGAAGGUUCCCGUGAAUAUAUUCCAGAGUUGCCCACAUCACCGAAUUCCCUGAGGAUUGCGAGGAAAUUGUCUGCAAAGUCAUCGCAGAAAAUUAGCAUAGCAUAUUCACCAGAAACAGAACAAGAAUUGAUUAGCCGUAAUAGAAAACGUACCAUAUCCGGUAAAACUUAUCCAGUUGCAGAGGACAUGCUUGCUCCUAAACGUCGGAGGGGGGUUUCAUUCGGCCCACCCUUAAGCCCUGAACGAUUUGAUAAAUCUCUUCCCCCGUCUACUCCGGUUAAGCGAGGUGGAACUCCACUAGUCAAAAUAAGUCACAGUACCCCAGCAAACCAUAGUUUACAAGUCACUUCAGUUGUUGGGCACUCAGCUACACCAUUUGAUUCCAAAUUGUCAGAAGUAUCGCAUUUAUCAGAUUUCUCAAAAACAUGUGAAUCUCCAAAAUACAGUGUAACACACAAUCGAGUUUCUGCAGUCAUCUCUCUCCCUCCAACACCAGACACUAAUCUUCUAAAUUCCUUGAGUACUGAUAUUAGUUGUGCUCAUGAAAGUUUCGCUAAUUUCCCAGUGACUUCCGCAACUUACUCUGCUCCAAUAAAAAAAUCUUCAGUCAGCCGAAAAAAUUUCAAAAGACAUUCACUUGGGUUCCUAGAGAAAACAAGUAAAACACCGUCACCGAGAGUCCCACCAACUAGUCCUGUAUCAACCAAACAAAAUAAAAACAAACCAACAAACGAACAUAAUGCUAAAAUUCAGGAAAAAAAGUCAAAAAGCUUCCAUACCUACGGUGCAAAAACCUAUAAUAAUAACAACUACAACAAACUAUACUCCAGUGUUCCUCAUAGUCUGCUAAAAAUUACCCAGGAAGACAAACAACAUAAAGGAACACCUUCAGUGCCAUCGACCAACUUGACAGAGGAGGAAGCAGUUACACCUGAGAAGAGUUUGUUGUCUCCACGAAAGGAAUCUGGUUUGACUGGUAUCAGGAGGUUGAUGAGAACUCCGAAGCCUGUACAAACACCUCGUAUAUCUGGUGUUAGUGAACUGUUUGUCGAUGAACCUAGUGUGAAGAGACGUCGUAGUCGACCCUCAUCAGUGCCACCGACCAACUUGACAGAGGAGGAAGCAGUUACACCUGAGAAGAGUUUGUUGUCUCCACGAAAGGAAUCUGGUUUGACUGGUAUCAGGAGGUUGAUGAGAACUCCGAAGCCUGUACAAACACCUCGUAUAUCUGGUGUUAGUGAACUGUUUGUCGAUGAACCUAGUGUGAAGAGACGUCGUGGUCGACCCUCAUCAGUGCCGCCGACCAACUUGACAGAGGAGGAAGCAGUUACACCUGAGAAGAGUUUGUUGUCUCCACGAAAGGAAUCUGGUUUGACUGGUAUCAGGAGGUUGAUGAGAACUCCGAAGCCUGUACAAACACCUCGUAUAUCUGGUGUUAGUGAACUGUUUGUCGAUGAACCUAGUGUGAAGAGACGUCGUGGUCGACCCUCAUCAGUGCCACCGACCAACUUGACAGAGGAGGAAGCAGUUACACCUGAGAAGAGUUUGUUGUCUCCACGAAAGGAAUCUGGUUUGACUGGUAUCAGGAGGUUGAUGAGAACUCCGAAGCCUGUACAAACACCUCGUAUAUCUGGUGUUAGUGAACUGUUUGUCGAUGAACCUAGUGUGAAGAGACGUCGUGGUCGACCCUCAUCAGUGCCACCGACCAACUUGACAGAGGAGGAAGCAGUUACACCUGAGAAGAGUUUGUUGUCUCCACGAAAGGAAUCUGGUUUGACUGGUAUCAGGAGGUUGAUGAGAACUCCGAAGCCUGUACAAACACCUCGUAUAUCUGGUGUUAGUGAACUGUUUGUCGAUGAACCUAGUGUGAAGAGACGUCGUGGUCGACCCUCAUCAGUGCCACCGACCAACUUGACAGAGGAGGAAGCAGUUACACCUGAGAAGAGUUUGUUGUCUCCACGAAAGGAAUCUGGUUUGACUGGUAUCAGGAGGUUGAUGAGAACUCCGAAGCCUGUACAAACACCUCGUAUAUCUGGUGUUAGUGAACUGUUUGUCGAUGAACCUAGUGUGAAGAGACGUCGUGGUCGACCCUCAUCAGUGCCACCGACUAACCUGACAGAGGAGGAAGCAGUUACACCUGAGAAGAGUUUGUUGUCUCCACGAAAGGAAUCUGGUUUGACUGGUAUCAGGAGGUUGAUGAGAACUCCGAAGCCUGUACAAACACCUCGUAUAUCUGGUGUUAGUGAACUGUUUGUCGAUGAACCUAGUGUGAAGAGACGUCGUGGUCGACCCUCAUCAGUGCCGCCGACCAACUUGACAGAGGAGGAAGCAGUUACACCUGAGAAGAGUUUGUUGUCUCCACGAAAGGAAUCUGGUUUGACUGGUAUCAGGAGGUUGAUGAGAACUCCGAAGCCUGUACAAACACCUCGUAUAUCUGGUGUUAGUGAACUGUUUGUCGAUGAACCUAGUGUGAAGAGACGUCGUGGUCGACCCUCAUCAGUGCCACCGACCAACUUGACAGAGGAGGAAGCAGUUACACCUGAGAAGAGUUUGUUGUCUCCACGAAAGGAAUCUGGUUUGACUGGUAUCAGGAGGUUGAUGAGAACUCCGAAGCCUGUACAAACACCUCGUAUAUCUGGUGUUAGUGAACUGUUUGUCGAUGAACCUAGUGUGAAGAGACGUCGUGGUCGACCCUCAUCAGUGCCACCGACCAACUUGACAGAGGAGGAAGCAGUUACACCUGAGAAGAGUUUGUUGUCUCCACGAAAGGAAUCUGGUUUGACUGGUAUCAGGAGGUUGAUGAGAACUCCGAAGCCUGUACAAACACCUCGUAUAUCUGGUGUUAGUGAACUGUUUGUCGAUGAACCUAGUGUGAAGAGACGUCGUGGUCGACCCUCAUCAGUGCCACCGACCAACUUGACAGAGGAGGAAGCAGUUACACCUGAGAAGAGUUUGUUGUCUCCACGAAAGGAAUCUGGUUUGACUGGUAUCAGGAGGUUGAUGAGAACUCCGAAGCCUGUACAAACACCUCGUAUAUCUGGUGUUAGUGAACUGUUUGUCGAUGAACCUAGUGUGAAGAGACGUCGUAGUCGACCCUCAUCAGUGCCGCCGACCAACUUGACAGAGGAGGAAGCAGUUACACCUGAGAAGAGUUUGUUGUCUCCACGAAAGGAAUCUGGUUUGACUGGUAUCAGGAGGUUGAUGAGAACUCCGAAGCCUGUACAAACACCUCGUAUAUCUGGUGUUAGUGAACUGUUUGUCGAUGAACCUAGUGUGAAGAGACGUCGUGGUCGACCCUCAUCAGUGCCACCGACCAACUUGACAGAGGAGGAAGCAGUUACACCUGAGAAGAGUUUGUUGUCUCCGCGAAAGGAAUCUGGUUUGACUGGUAUCAGGAGGUUGAUGAGAACUCCGAAGCCUGUACAAACACCUCGUAUAUCUGGUGUUAGUGAACUGUUUGUCGAUGAACCUAGUGUGAAGAGACGUCGUAGUCGACCCUCAUCAGUGCCACCGACCAACUUGACAGAGGAGGAAGCAGUUACACCUGAGAAGAGUUUGUUGUCUCCACGAAAGGAAUCUGGUUUGACUGAUAUCAGGAGGUUGAUGAGAACUCCGAAGCCUGUACAAACACCUCGUAUAUCUGGUGUUAGUGAACUGUUUGUCGAUGAACCUAGUGUGAAGAGACGUCGUGGUCGACCCUCAUCAGUGCCGCCGACCAACUUGACAGAGGAGGAAGCAGUUACACCUGAGAAGAGUUUGUUGUCUCCACGAAAGGAAUCUGGUUUGACUGGUAUCAGGAGGUUGAUGAGAACUCCGAAGCCUGUACAAACACCUCGUAUAUCUGGUGUUAGUGAACUGUUUGUCGAUGAACCUAGUGUGAAGAGACGUCGUGGUCGACCCUCAUCAGUGCCGCCGACCAACUUGACAGAGGAGGAAGCAGUUACACCUGAGAAGAGUUUGUUGUCUCCACGAAAGGAAUCUGGUUUGACUGGUAUCAGGAGGUUGAUGAGAACUCCGAAGCCUGUACAAACACCUCGUAUAUCUGGUGUUAGUGAACUGUUUGUCGAUGAACCUAGUGUGAAGAGACGUCGUGGUCGACCCUCAUCAGUGCCACCGACUAACCUGACAGAGGAGGAAGCAGUUACACCUGAGAAGAGUUUGUUGUCUCCACGAAAGGAAUCUGGUUUGACUGGUAUCAGGAGGUUGAUGAGAACUCCGAAGCCUGUACAAACACCUCGUAUAUCUGGUGUUAGUGAACUGUUUGUCGAUGAACCUAGUGUGAAGAGACGUCGUGGUCGACCCUCAUCAGUGCCGCCGACCAACUUGACAGAGGAGGAAGCAGUUACACCUGAGAAGAGUUUGUUGUCUCCACGAAAGGAAUCUGGUUUGACUGGUAUCAGGAGGUUGAUGAGAACUCCGAAGCCUGUACAAACACCUCGUAUAUCUGGUGUUAGUGAACUGUUUGUCGAUGAACCUAGUGUGAAGAGACGUCGUGGUCGACCCUCAUCAGUGCCGCCGACCAACUUGACAGAGGAGGAAGCAGUUACACCUGAGAAGAGUUUGUUGUCUCUACGAAAGGAAUCUGGUUUGACUGGUAUCAGGAGGUUGAUGAGAACUCCGAAGCCUGUACAAACACCUCGUAUAUCUGGUGUUAGUGAACUGUUUGUCGAGAAACCUAGUGUUAAAGUGCAUUGUAGUUCACAGAAACUAUGUGGUGUUACUUCGUUGUCUCGUAGGCAUUGUAAAUCGUGUCGUUGUUUGCUCUCUGCAUGUCAAUGUGGUUUUGAUUUUAAUUACGUGGUUAACAAGUGUUCUAUGAGAAAAUCUUCUGACCUUGUCGUUGAGUCUCUUUCAUCCAUUCGUGCGCAUCGUGUUGUUAAAAUAUUGAAGUCUUCAGUCGAUAAAUCUGCUAACUCUGAUUGUUCUAUUUUGAAAAAAUUACCUGGAAAAUUUACAUCUCAAUCGACUAAUGAAGUCACCGUACAGCCGUCGAAAACUAGGUCAAAAACCAAGAGGAACGUUUCACAAAAUCCUGAUUCUCUUUCAGAUCGUUCAAUGAAUGUAGUAAAGUCUCUGGAUAAACGGAUGUUGAAAGAACUCACUGAAGUGGUUGUUCCGUUCCCGAAUAAUGUGAUGGAAAAUCAUUCUCGAAAAGGGAAGACUCUCGCAUUUACAUCUCGGUUGACUCUUAAUGAUAUGUCAAAUUCAUGUGAUAAAUCUGCACUUUUGAAAAUGGGUUUUAUUGAGAACUCACAUCCUACGGUAUCCUUUAGCUCGAACACGUCUAAGGAUCGUGAGUCUGAUUCUGUUGUUCCUGUCGCAAGCCGUCUCCGUAAUAAAAGGAUCCCGUCAAGUAUUGAAUGUUUGUCACCUAGUCGUACUCGACGUGCAGUUAAUGCACCGGACCCUUUGAUCAGUGAAUCUGCCACUAAAGGCAGUUCCGGUAAGAGUUCCGUGAUGAAAACAUCCUCUAGAAAAGUUGUAUCUCAAUCAAAUAAUGAGGUUGCCAUACAACCGUCGAAAACUAGGUCAAAAACCAAGAAGAACGUUUCCACCAUGGAUUCGCAGUUUCCUGAUUCUCUGCUCAAUCAUUCGGUCAAUGCAACGAAGUCUGCAAACAACACCUCAAAAAGAUCUAUAAAGAGACUAGCUGAAGUGCGUAGAGUCUCUUCUAGUAUUCCAUUGGCCAAACGUCUACGGAGUAGAAUUGAUCAGUUGGAUAUUAAAUGUAUAACAUCUGAACACACACAAAAUGAAGAAAGAUCUUUACCCGUGAAAAACCAAUCUGGUGAGGAAAAGAAGAAAAAUGGUGCCAAGAGAAAUAAUCCGCAAAACCGUAAACAGCUAAUUACUUCAAAAUCAAAACUACUUCCAACUACUUCAUCUUCAAAAUCUGCUUCAACUAAUGAAUCUAAAAAUAUUACAACAUUGAAGGUUGGAACAAAUUCACGACAUAUUAAACGCAUUUCUGUUACGCCUGUUGAUAAUAUAGCUAAUGUUUCACCAAAAAGACGUGUUCUUCGUUCUCGUAAGUUAAUAACUACUUCUUCAGAAAUAAGUCAACCAAUUGAAGAAAAAAUAUCAACUUCUAAAAUCACUAAUAAGUCGAAAUUAAAGACCACUACUACUACUAAUAAUAAUAAUAGUAGAUCAGUAGUAUCGAAAUCAUCUCAAGCUAAACAAUCACCAGUUUCAAUUCGUCAAACUCGUUCAAGAAAAAAACAGACAGCAACAAACAAUCUAUAA